AUGUCUAGGCCUCCCCCGGGUGCUCAUACCACUGCAACUAGGGGGCCCAGAUGUAGUCCCUUGACAGGCCGAGCUCUCAUGGGGGUCAACUACAAUACCUCUACAGAAUGUAUUACCUCGCGGCCAGCCGCAAUAUUGGAAGAUGGCCCAGACUCGUUUACAGUAGUCAUACCACCAACAGAGAAUCGGAACUCGCCUGAUCUUGCCCGUUCCAGCUUUGUCAUCGAAGAUGUUGAAGGAUCCUCACCGCAAACCACAAAUUCUUCUCAAUUUUCCGCCAGUUCUACCAGGAGCCCAGCGAAUCCAACGACAUCACUCCUCACGUCAUCAACCUCACCGUCGAAAUCAUCUGCCUCAUCGAGUGUAGCGUCGUUGACCCCAACCUCAACAUUAAGCUCUUGCAACUCAACUUCAAGCGUGCUGUCUACAUCAAUUUCAAGCACUGUAGCUCGUCCUCCCCAGCAAGACGACCCAGGGAACCCCCCCAGAGAUCCUCCUCCUCCUACGGAAUUCCAACCUGGCACGGGAAACUCUCCACCAGAUAACCCUCCGCUAAGCGAGACUACUUCUCCAAGCAGUACUACUCCAAGCAGUACUUCUCCAAGCAGCACUUCUCCAAGCAACGCUCCUCCUCGAAAUGACAACCCUCCAAACAACCCUCCUCCAGGCGACACUCCUCCAAAUAAUCCUCCCCCAGGCGACACUACUCCUCCAAGCAACACUCCAAGCAACACUCCUUCAAGCAACACUCCUCCAAGCAACCCUCCUCCAAGCAACCCUCCUCCAGGCGACACUACUCCUCCAAGCAACACUCCUCCAAGCAACACUCCUUCAAGCAACACUCCUCCAAGCAACCCUCCUCCAAGCAACCCUCCUCCAGGCGACACUCCUCCUAAUAACCCUCCCCCAGGCGACACUACUUCUCCAGGAAACGCCUCUCCAAGCAACACUUUUCCUAAUAACACUCCCCCUAACAACCCUUCUUCAGCAUCCAAACCUACAGACAGGAACACGCCGCAAGAUAGUUCUUCGCAAAUGCAGAAAUCUACCAAUGAUAGUACACAGGCCCCCAAAGCUUCAACCCCCGAACCUCAGGUUGAGGCUAAGCCGACGAGCGUCGAAACAUCAUCUACUGAAAACCGCCAAUCUUCAAGCAAUGGAGUCUCGAAUACACCUGUGGCAUCUGUGGCACCUCCACCAAGCAGCAAUGUAAAUAGCCCAACAUCUCAAACAGCGAAACCAGCCACUUCUGGCAAAGGAAAAGCCGAAACUUCGGGGUCUGUCAACAAUCCUGGAGCAAAGCCUUCCGAUCCUGGUGUUGUUGCCCCGGCCAUCCCCAUCCCUACGACCUUGGAAACGACUGCAAAUAACUUAUCGCCUACUGCUGAAAAAGAAGCCCAGGAUACUAGUGCCUCCCCUAUCUCCACCAAAUCAUUUCCAGGCAAUCUGCCUGAUACCACAUCCACUAGUAGACCUCAAGGGGGUAAAGGCCCCGUUGAUCCCGGGGUCUCACCCGCUUCGAGUUCUCACGGCAAAAUACACAUGUCGACAGGCGCAAUUGUGGGAAUAUCAGUCGGCAGCAUUGCGUUUAUAGCUUUAAUAGCCCUUUCAAUUUGGUUUUGCAGAAGAAGGUCAAAGAAGCAGCGGGUAGAGUCGAUGCUGAAUCCGCCCCUUACCAGGUCUGAUAGAGGACCGAAGACCAGGGAAAUGGCUGCGCUUGGCGCAACCAAGAGUUGCCUAUUUCAGUGGCUACCGGGGACUGGGAAAGAUCUCACCGGUGACGACAAUCCUGAAUCCUCGACAAUUGCAAGGGCAAUACCAAAUAUGUCUGAGAGGACGGCGAUGCCGGGGAUGCUUGGCGGAGAGGCGAUCAGCAAUUAUCCGCCUGCUCAACCGGGAUAUAAUGGGCAUUUUCGUGGGAAAUAUAGCAUCAACGGAGCAAAUUGGCCCGAGUUGGGCGUCAAUCAAGGCCAAGUUGAUCCCCUAAAUCCCUUCUCUGACGGGAAUGCUGUGGAACUGUCUGGCCAACCACCGUCAUUACCUCCUUUAGCACUUUUCUUUGAUAUGCCAGGGGAAUAUGAAUCAAGACCUAUGCCUAGCACCGGUCCUGCCAAGUCACGCCAGUCUCGUGGGAGAUCUCUUGAUCUCAGUGUCGGAGCAUCACAAUACCCAGCAGCACAGCCUUUGGAGUCGAGGCCACACUCGGUUCACCGAGAAUCCGUACAAAGCAUAGAUUCGUUCACAACCAGGCGGAACAAAUUCCGUUCAGAUCCUUUUGACUUGGAGGAAAUCGAAAGUCGCCUCUUGUCAGGCCAAAGCCAAGUUCCAGAGAUGCCGCGACGAACAGUCACCAGUUCGAAAUAUAGUUCUGGCGCUGGCAGUGCUUCCUCAUCGCGGUAUACCAGUGGAAUCAGCGUGAGCGAUUGGAGCUUGAUGAAUGCCACCAGGACCACUGGGCCGUCGGCACCUGCACCGGCCAAUAAGCUCGUCAGUUGGGACAAUCUAUCGUCGGUAGACGACUUUCGACCAGGAAAUAGAAGACAGCCGUCUAAAGACAAGAAAAAAUCGGCGGUUGUGUUCGGCCAGGCUUUGUAG